AUGUUGACACGUUCUCUGGUAUGGAUGAUUGCAGUAUUCAUUUGUGUGGUAACGAAAUCGAACAAUUGUGGGAAUGCAUUUGAUAUGUUGGAAGCAAAAGCGAUGCAAAAAAAAGUGGAAACAUCGAGAAAGAUGCGACAUUUGCAAAUGAAAUUAGAAACUGCGGGAACUAUUGGAAAAGUUAACAACGAUGCACUCAUAAGAGAGAAGAAAAAUUUUGAACUGCACGAUUGGUUAUCGCAAGCGCAGAAGCAAGAAAUUCGAACUAUGGAAUCGGAAGGAAAGCCUAAGAGCGAAAUCGUCAACAGAAUAUUGGAAUUUUUUUCCAAAUUGCCGUCUAAAGAGAAAGAUAAAUGGAAUGAAGUGUACAAGCGACGAUGUAAUGAAUGGAUUGAGAGGGUUGCUAGCAAUGGUGAGAUAACUGAGCUGGAGAAUUUGAGGAGCAAGAUGGCUGUCAAGGAAUAUGAAGCAAAAUUGAAUGAGUAUAAAAAUCGUCUUUCAGAAAACGAACAGGAUCAAAUCAGUCUUUGGCAGGAUGGUUGCAACAAGUUGAACAAUUUGGAUGUCCAACAAAAUGCAAUUCGCAUGGUGUUUCCACGUGAUUUAUUCCAAAAUAAUGAAAAUGUUCAUCUCUUUUCCAAUGGACAGAUUGCUUUAUUAGAGGACAUGAAAGCUAGCGAGGCCAACGAAGAAGACAUUAAACGCAAAGUGGAACAGUAUUAUUCCGCAUUUCCAGAAUACAAAAGAAUGGAACUGGAUUACCAGCUUAAAAUGAAAUGUAUUCAAUGGAUAGAAGAAGUAGCAAGUUUCAAUGAAAUUCAACUGUUUCUCAACUCAUUUGAGAGAAGAAAUCGAUUAGUUUUCAAUACUUUACUUGAUGAGUAUUUUGAACGAUUGCCCAAGGAACAACAGGAUAAACUGCAUUAUAUUAAAGACAUAUGUCGUGAAAUGUGGAAGGAAGUAGUAAAUUCCAAUCGUCAAAAACGUUACGUGAAUGAAGAAUAUAACGAAUGGAUAUUAUGGAUGACCGAUGAACAAAAGCAUGAAUUGGAAGAGAUGCGUAAUAAUGGAUCGUCAUUUGAUGAGAUACACAAAAAAGUUAAUGGGCAUUUUCUUAAACUUCCUGAAGCAACGCAGAAUGAACUUAUAAACGAUUAUAAGGAGAAAUGUAGGAAAUAUUUUGUCGCUAUGGCAAAAGAAGACGAAAUUGAAAAGUUAAAUACCAUUCACGAUGAGACGAGUCACAAUGAACACAAAAAAAUUAUUGAUGAAAUUUUGCACCGACAACCGCAAGAAAUACGAGAUAAGGCAUAUAAAUUUUAUCAGAUAUGUGAUGACGUAUAUCACAAAAAACUUGGUCGAUCGAAGCGUGAUAUUGAUGCUCUGAUGGAUAAACACCUCCAGUGGCUUACAUCUGAACAGAAGGCAGAAAUUAGGCAGAUGAAAGAAAAUAAUGAAUCACUGCCAGCAAUUAAACAAAAAUUACUCUCUUACAUCGAAGCUAUGACAAGUGAUAAACAGCUUCAUACCAUUGAAAAAACCAAACAAUCUUGUUAUGCAUGGCUCAAGAAUGUGACUUCCAUUGAGGAAAGAGCUGAAUUAGAAAAUUUACACCAUACUGAUCAUUCUGCUUGCAAGCAGAAGAUUCGAGAGUAUAUCAAGCGCCUAUCACUGGAAAAGCAGGAAGCAGUAAAUAAGGAUCUGGAAAUUUGCGAACAUAUAUGGUACAAUGAAAAUAAUCAUGGCCACGAACGUCAUCAUCAUCAUCAUCAGCAGCAGCAUAGAAGAGCUCGAUGGCUUUCUCCGCAGAUGGAAACUAGUAGCCGAAGCAAGCGAGAUCAUCAUGAGCAUAGGUUGGAGAAUUAUUUCCAGACACAUCUGAGUUGGUUGACGGAUACUGAGAAGGAUGAAAUCAGGAAAAUGAAACAAGAAGGAAAGCCGAAAGCGGAUAUUCAACAGAAAAUUUUUGAUUACUACGAGAAAUUGACGGGUGACGGAAAGAAAGAAGCUGAUGAGAAACUUCGUGCAGGUUGUCGUGAAUUAUUGAAGGAAAUCGUUGGUGAUGAGAAGAUGAAGGAAUUGAAACAGAUGAAUGAUUCAGGAGUUAGUCUGGAAGAACUGAAAGCGAAGGUCGAUGAUUUGUUGGAGCGUGUCACUGACGAAGACAAGAAGCGAAAAAUUCAUGAAUACGGUCCUGCAUGCCGCAAAGUCUA